GUGUUAUCUAGGUCGUCUGUCAGGCGUGAGGGGACACUAGGCCUUUGUUGACAUCGAUAGACGGCGAAUAUUGUCGACGGACGUUGUGGAUAAAACUGUACCAUCUCAAAUUGAAAAUGUCGAACGGAGACGCACAGAUAAAGGUUUAUGUGAGUUCCAUGUCGCCGAAUGCGAAUACGGUAUGCCAGCAAAACAAGAUCGAGCAGGUGCUCGAGGCGAAGAAAGUUAGCUUUAUUAAGAUCGACAUAGCUUCCAAUCCUGAUUACAAGGACGAGAUGAGGGCCAUCAUGGGGGAUGAACGCGGACUUGCUCCUCAAAUCUGUAACGGAAACGAGUAUUGUGGAAAUUAUGAAACGUUUGCUGACGCAAUUGAAUUAGGCACGCUGUUUGAAUUCUUGAAACUCCCGAGCCCAGUCCAAGAACAAAGCUAAGGAACAAGUCAAGCUACUGAG